AUGUCGUGGUUCCAGAAAACGUUUACCCUCCCCUCAAAGUCUCGAGGCUCAUACCUUGUCACCGACCACGUCGUAUCAUCGGUGCCUGAGAUCAAGGACUACAAAGUCGGCCUUCUCAACCUCUUCAUCCAACAUACGUCAUGCGCAAUCUCUCUGAAUGAGAAUUGGGACACUGAUGUGAGGGAAGACAUGAGCGACGCCUUAGACAGACUAGCUCCGGAAGACAGGAAGGGAAACUUGUACAGACACUCUGCAGAAGGACUGGAUGAUAUGCCCGCACACAUCAAGUCAGCGCUCGUGGGCGCCAGUGUGACGAUUCCCAUUACCGACGGUGCGUUGAACACCGGCACAUGGCAAGGAAUCUGGUAUCUGGAGUUUCGCGCCUCCAAACAUUCAAGAAAAGUGGUAGCGACAAUCCAAGGAGAGAAGCGAUGGUGA